UUUUGAACUGAGUGUUUUCCGUCUUAUGCGUGUUGUUGAUAAAAAUGGUUCCGACUGAACUGGGUUAAGCCUCUCGGGGCCACUGGUGCCCCCCCCUGUAACAGACAGGAUGGAGCCUCGUCAUGGGAUAAUGAAAGCUUUCCCCAAAGUUAAAAGGGCUCAAGUACUACAGGGAACAGAUGCACCCCCACUAAAGAAGAAAUCCAAUGAAUGUGAUGUCACAGGAAACACUUUUAAUGGCGUCACAGUGUACGUCUUACCUGCUGGAAUAGGAAAUGCCAGAUGCCAGAUCUUCCAAAGACAAAUUCAGCAGAAUGGAGGACAGACAGAGAAUUCACUGUGUCCUGGUGUCACUCAUGUUGUUGUGGAUGACAGCAUGGAUAGUGACAGGGCUUUGCGGCUACUGAAAGUGGACUGUAUGCCCUCGGGAGUCCAGCUGGUGAAAUGCACUUGGUUGAGCUUGUGCAUCAAUGAGAAACAACUCCUGGAUGUAGCCAGCUACAGCCUUAUUUUACCCAAGAGGGUCUCUGAAACACAACAUGAAACUAUUAGAGAAGAGGUGUUGAAUGUUAAUCCUGCUGCAGAAAAUACUACUUUAGAACCAGUGUUUCUUCAAACCAACCAAGAGGAGACCAUAGACAUGAUAGUCUCAGACAACAAAGAUGAAGUGCGAGGAGAAGAAGAUGGCAUCUGUCAGAGUGACCUGGAUGCUCUCAUCACUGGCCAUCACCCCCAAGAGGAGCCUCCUGGCCCCAGUCCAGACUCAGUUUCUCAGAAUGUGGUUGCAGGGAAGUGGGUCUGUGCUCAGUCGUCUCAGUCCAAAAGUCAUAACUUCAACAAGCACAUCACAGACAAACUAGAACUGCUGGCCAAGGCCUACACACACCAGGGGGACAAGUGGAGAGCGCUGAGCUACUCCAAGUCUGUCAACGCUCUGAAGAGUUACCACAAGCCUAUUACGUCGUAUCAGGAAGCUUGUCAGAUCCCAGGAAUUGGAAAACGCAUGGCCGACAAAAUUGUUGAGAUCAUGGAGAGUGGUCAUCUCCGGAAGUUAGAUCACAUCGGUGAAGCUGUUCCGGUACUGGAGCUCUUCACUAACAUUUGGGGUGCAGGAGCUAAGACUGCACAACUGUGGUACCAACAGGGAUUUCGCACUUUGGAGGACAUUGCUACAAAAGCCCACCUGAGCAACGUGCAAAAAAUAGGACUCAAGCACUACGAAGACUUUCUAGACCGAAUGCCUAGAGAGGAAGCAGCAGCCAUAGAGAAAGUGGUGAGAGAUGCUACACAGGCCCUAGACCCUGGCCUGGUGGCGAUAACCUGUGGUUCAUACCGCCGGGGAAAGGCCACAUGUGGAGAUGUUGAUGUACUUAUAUCUCACCCUGAUGGCAAGUCCCACAAGGGCAUUUUCAGCAAAGUGUUACAAAGCCUCCAUGACAGUGGAUUUUUGACAGAUGACCUGGUGAGCCAUGAAGAGAAUGGAGAGCAGAAGAAAUACAUGGGUGUGUGUCGCUUGCCAGGACCCGGCCACCGCCAUCGCAGGUUGGACAUCAUUGUAGUGCCCUACAAUGAGUUGGCCUGUGCACUCAUGUAUUUUACUGGGUCAGCACACUUUAACCGCUCAAUGAGAGCCCUGGCAAAGACAAAAAACAUGAGCUUAUCAGAACACUCGUUGAACAAAGAUGUGGUGCGCCAGGGCAGCUUGAAGGUUUAUGGCGGCACUCCACUUCCUACACUGACAGAAAAGGAUGUUUUCAGGCUUUUAGGCAUACCGUUCAGACAACCUAAUGAAAGGGACUGGUGAUCGCUUGCCAAUCACAGUCUUGAUAGUUUUUUAAUAUGAUGAUGAAUGGUGACAAUACAAAAUGCAAUUAUGCUUGUUUUAAGGAUAUUUAUUGCUCCACAGACUAUGCAAAAGCCCCCUUUGACUUAAAUGCAUAUUUUAUUCUCAAGCUAAAUGAUAGGAUUCACUGAAAUAUCAAAAACAAUACAUUUUCUUACUUAAUCCUAGUUGUGUUUGUCCUGCCAGAGUAUCUUUCUUGUGUGUGCUGAUGCAGGUUUUGACCCCAGUGCAACACAAUGAAUACAGUUUUGUUGUAGGGUCCAGAGCCUUUAAAAUUACAUUUACCGUAUUUUGAGAGACUGUUCCUUCAGUAGAAGACAGUUUGAUUAGGCUGGGUAACUAGCAACACUGCUAAAAAAAUAAGUUGCUGUUCAGUUUUAAAAAUGUCAGUUUGUAUAAUUUUAAAUGUUAAAAUUCCAUCUAUGUCAGUUAUACAAGGCUGAUAGCAUAUGUUUCAAAGGUCCAUACAGUAUCUCACACAGGUAAAUACAAAACCUUUGUGCAGGGCUAGAUAUAUGGGAAAAUUAUGUGACUUUGCAAGUUGAGUGAACUAAUCAUGUAAAGACAUUUUACUAAAGGAGAUACUUGAUCCUAUAUACUUCAUGAAAAAUGAGUAAUAUAAUAAAACUUACUAAAUGAUC